AACGCUCACGCAUAAAAUCAGGACUGAUCAGGACAGUGAGUUACAUAUGUAGGUUAUGUUGCAUGACACGAACUCCGUUGAACAAUUUCAAUCUCAAGAUUUAUUAUUGUUUGUAUUUAUCAACUUAGUAGCGGAGGCCGUGAUAAAUUUAUUCACCAAAAUAUGGAUUUAGCACAGAUAAGAAAUUUCAAGGAUUUCCUUUUGCUCUACAAUCAAAUAUCUGACACAUGCUUCAGACGAUGUACAAACACAUUUAAUUCCAGAGAUAUGGAUGUGGAUGAGGAAGCCUGUAUAAAUAACUGUGCGCAGAAACACAUAAACGCGAAUCACAGAAUAAUGGAAGUCUACAUGGAGGUACAACCUCUUUUAGUGAAUAAAAGGAUAGAAGAAAUGAAUGCUGCUCAAGCUGCAGCUGUGGCACAGCAGCAACAACUGCAGCAAGACACCCAAAUCACAGAAACUAGUCAAAGUUUACAACAAAGUCAGCCACUGGUCUGACACAUAAUUCAACCUGUCGUUUUACGUGAUUUAAUAUUUUAUAAUAUGAUAUGAUAUAUAUUUUACUUUACAAUGUCCACCUUUUUAUCAUAGAGCUUCCUUUAGGACCAGCGUUUUCCAAUCCGUGGCUCACCUUGUUAUGACCGUUAUGGCCUUUGUAAUGACCGUCAUUUGAAACAGUUAUCUCCUCCGGAAUGUCUUCUUUCUUACAGUGGGCUUGUGACAUUGUAUUGCAAGUAAUAUGUCAUGCGCCUUUCCCAUGUUGUAUGCAACGGUCGGCAGUGGAAUUAUAGUUAACUACUCUGUACAUAUUUUCAAUGUAUAAAAACUGAAUUUAUUCAUUCAA